UAAAUCAGUACAGGCCACGCGCUCGCGCACGCAACACGUAUACAAAAUGGCGGACGAAACUAAUAGCCCCACAGUAUGGGACGAAUUAACUAGCCCCCUCAAUCUAGUCCUUAUCGGAGUUAUAGUGUACCUUAUCUACAAAAUCAUUAAGUCGAAUUUCGAAUCUGAAGCUAACGUGCCUCCGCCGCCGCCGCCGUUGCCAAAGUUGAGGAAAGACCUAACUGUUGCCGAGUUGAAGAAAUACGACGGAACUCAGCCUGACGGAAGAGUUCUUUUGGCUGUGAAUGGAAUUAUAUUUGAUGUUACUAGAGGCAAGAGAUUUUAUGGACCGGGAGGCCCAUACUCGGCGUUUGCUGGUAAAGACGCCACAAGAGGCUUGGCCACAGGGCAGGUUGCUGCAUCAGAAAACGAUGAAUACGACGAUGUUAGCGACCUGGGUUCAGAUGAAAUAGCUUCAGCCAAAGAAUGGGAAGAGCAGUUUAGGGAAAAAUACGACAUAGUUGGUCGCCUCCUCAAAUUGGGUGAAACGCCAAAAAAUUACAGUGACGAUGAGAGCGAAGACAAAAAAUCACAGUAAGCAAAUUCGUGGUAUUGACGUUUGAC